GCGAAAUGAGUGAUUUUGAAUUUGAUUUUGAAGACAACAGCACUUUCAAUAACAGUUUUUCAGACGAUGACGACGAUAUUGAAGCUGAAAAUAUUUUUUUUAAUCAACAUUCUAUUAUAAGUAACUUACCCUCUAUGAAUCAUGACGAUGUAGACUAG